AUGGCAAAUACUCAAGGAAAGAUCAUAACUUGCAAAGCUGCUGUAGCAUGGGGUCCAAAAGAGCCGCUUGUGAUACAAGAUAUAUGCGUCGAUCCUCCUCAGAAAAUGGAAGUUCGUGUAAAAAUUCUUUACUCUUCGAUUUGUCACACUGAUCUCGGAGCUUGGAAUGGCGUGAACGAAGCUGAAAGAGCAUUUCCAAGGAUACUUGGUCACGAAGCCGUCGGGAUGGUGGAAAGUGUUGGAGAAGGAGUUAAAGAUGUGAAAGAAGGAGACUAUGUGAUUCCGAUUUUUAAUGGAGAAUGUUGUGAAUGUAGAGUGUGUAAGAAAGAAGAGAGUAAUCUCUGUGAGAGAUAUCAUGUGGAUCCUAUGAAGAGAGUGAUGGUGAGUGAUGGAGGGACGAGAUUUUCAACCACCACAACAAAGGAGGGUGGUUUGAGCAAGAGCCAACCCAUUUAUCACUUUCUUAAUACCUCGACGUUCACCGAGUACACCGUCUUGGACUCGGCUUGUGUUGUCAAGAUCGAUCCUAAUGCUCCUCUCAAGCAUAUGAGUCUUUUGAGUUGUGGAGUUUCCACUGGGGUGGGAGCAGUUUGGAACAUAGCAAAGGUUAAAGAAGGAACAACUACUGCUGUAUUUGGAUUGGGUUCUGUUGGACUCGCUGUAGCUGAAGGUGCUAGGGCACGAGGAGCUUCUAGAAUCAUCGGUGUCGAUGCUAAUCCUUCCAAAUUUGAGACAGGGAAACUAAUGGGAGUAACAGAUUUUAUAAAUCCUAAAGAUUUAACUAAGUCAACACAUAAGAUUAUUCAAGACAUAACGAGAGGAGGCGUUGAUUAUAGCUUCGAAUGCACCGGAAACGUUGAUGUUCUUCGUGAAGCCUUUUUAUCAACUCAUACCGGAUGGGGAUCAACCGUGCUAGUAGGAAUAUAUCCGACGCCAAGAACAUUGCCUCUCCAUCCAAUGGAGUUUUUUGACGGACGUACAAUCACUGGUUCUGUUUUUGGAGGCUUUAAGCCAAAAUCUCAGCUUCCAAAUUUUGUCCAACAAUGCAUGAAAGGGGUUGUAAAAUUGGAACCUUUUAUUACCAAUGAGCUUCCAUUUGAGAAGAUAAACGAUGCGUUUCAGCUGCUUCGCGAUGGAAAGUCUCUUCGAUGUCUUCUUCAGAUCUCCAAAUUUCUCAAGAAAUGA